AAGGGAAGGAAAUUUCAUAUUUUCUCCUUAAUCGGAAAAGAAAAUCAUCUGCUUUUACUAAAAAAUGUAAAACGAAAUCUCCCUCCCUCUCUCUCUCUCUCUCUCUCUGUGCAUGCUUUUAAUGCUUAUUAGCAUUUACCCGCGCUUUCUCCUUUCUCUCUACCGUCUUCCUCCUCUUCUGGGGAAAUUAUAUGGGAGCCGGACUCUUGCCAUAGGCAAUGAACCCUGUCGGAAGAGUCCCGACCCAUGCGAAGGCCUUACGGAGAGCGCCACCAGGAGGUAAGUCCCAAGUGAUGGAGAGGCGGCCGGUAGCUCCAGGUUGGAGAAGGAGAACCUGGCGCGAGGUACAAGAGAUCAGCAGUGCUGCGUCUGUUUACGGGGACGCCUCUGUAUCGGCCAGGAAGCUGGCCGCACAGCUCUGGAGGAGGCCGGAGCACCUCCUGGCUGCCGCCUCCGGCGGAACUAAAGGCGGUCUGCAGGGGAGCGGGGAUGAUGAGCUGGGCUUUCAGGAUGUGCCUGCAUCCUACUUUGAGUCCGAGAUCGAGGGCGUUACUAAGUGGAGUCCUGCAUGGGUGGAAACCAACGGAAUGUUUACUUCGUCAGCGGUAUCAGCACUCAAAUGUGAGCUCGAGCAGGCCCGGGCUCGCAUCAGGGAGCUAGAGGCGACACCAUGUUGCUGUGAGAAAGAGAAACUCGAACACUUAAGGCGGGAAACACUCGGCGACGACAUUAGAGCCGAGAUGGGCAAUGGGAGGACCUGUAAGAUAGUGGAGAGAGCUGAUUCAAGGUUGGUCGAUGAGCUCGUGGAGGCGAAGUUAUCGGUGAAGUGGCUCGUACAUUGCCACAUGGCCGAGCGAAAGGAAAGAGAACUAACCGAGCAGUUGUGUAGGGAACAAGCCAUGAAAAUAAAGGAGGCUGAGGAAAUGAAGAGGGAAUUCAAGAGGUUUCUUAAGGAAGAAGAAGAGGAUAGAGAGAUGCUUCGGGUGGCUGCAGCGUGGCGGGAGGAGCGGCUUCAGCUGCAGCUGCUCGACGCAAGGCUGGCCCUUGAGGAGAAAUACUCUCAGCUGAACGCUUUAGUGGCGGAUCUCGAGAGAUUUUUGGGGUCGAGGGGCAUCGGGGAAGGGACCGGAAGAGAAGGUGAAGAGCUCAGAGAGGCAGUCGAGUCAUUAAAUAUCAAAGACGUCAAGGAGUUAUCUUAUGAACCAGACAGCCCAAAUAAUGUCUCCCCAGCCCGCGACGAGGAUGCCAAUUAUGGGGAAAACGAUGCAUCCGAGAUUGAACCGGUUUUCUUUUCCAGUCCCGCCAGUGUUCUCAAUAAUCUAAAUGCAAUCAUCUCUCACAAGUGUGAUGUGGAGGAUCGUCGAAACGGCAUGGUCUCUGGGACCGAGCUUCGCCCGUAGAGAGACCGAUGAGAUCGCACCAAAGUUCACACUCACGAGGGAAAAGGAAGAGCAAUUGUCGUGACGUGUAGUUGAGUGACAAGUUGUUAUGAGAAGCUCUUGAACAGAAUACGUAGAUUUGAAAAUUCCUAGUAAGUUUCCAUUGCCA